AUGCCAGUGAGGCGUGGCCACAUAGCUCCCCAGAAUACAUUCAUCGACACCAUCAUCAAAAAAUUUGACGGGCAAAAUCGGAAUUUUUUAAUAGCCAACGCCCAAGUGGAUGGGAAACCAAUUAUAUACUGUAACGAUGGAUUCUGUGAAUUGUCUGGCUACAGUAGGGCUGAAGUUAUGCAGAAAUCGUGUACUUGCGACUUUCUUUACGGUCCCCUGACUGCUGUCAACUCAAUAAAAAAGAUGUUGGAAGCUCUGGCGGGCACAGAUGAAAGACAAAUCGAAGUUUUUCUUUAUAGAAAGAAUGGUUAG